AUGGCAGAACAACAAGAUCCAGAGGUUCCAGAUGCACCAGAGCAUGAUCUAUCCGAAGAAGACAUGACAAACUUCAUCAGAUUAAACCCUGAUGUGUUUGAUGAAAUCCUGGAAAGAGUGGCACCAGUCAUCCAGAAGCAGCAGACUAAUUACAGGCACCCUCUGUCGGCUGGUCUCAAGCUGGCAAUCACCUUGAGACAUCUGGCCACUGGGGACAACUUCAUGUCAAUGGCAUAUGGAUUCAGAUGUGGUAUCUCCACAAUAUCAGAGCUGAUUCAAGAAGUGUGCACGGCAAUUGUACAGGCAUAUAAAGAUGAAGUUUUCAACCCACCUACCAUCCCUGAAGCCUGGAGACACCUUGUCCAGCAGUUUGAACAGAGGUGGAAUUUCCCCCAUGCAGUUGGUGCCUUGGAUGAAAAGCACAUAGCCAUAAAAAAAACAGCAAACACAGGCAAGAUCUACCCCAACUACAAGGGGUUCUUCUCCAUACCAAUGCUGGCCCUUGUAGAUGCAGAAUACAAGAUCAUCUGGAUUGAGCUGGGAGGUAAGGGACACAUGUCUGACUCCCAGAUAUUCACGAACUCUGAGCUCUUUGAAUGA